UGGACAUAUUUAAACCGUCUCGUGAUAAGCUGUCGUAUUACAGUAUAAACGUGAACGAUGGUAUGUAUCUAUUACACGAACACUGUUAAUCUUUCGGUGGCGAUCGAUCACAAUUCGAGAGGUAGAGACAAACUCACCCAUCGUAAUCACCGAGAUUAGAUGAAGAUCAAGUAACUUGGGAGAUACCCUGUCUACCUAAGUUGUAGCGAAGAUGGUUGCGGUGAUUUCCAACUUGUUAUACGCUGUUGGUCUUACGGCUUCAUUGGCAUUUAUUUAUGCCAUUGCACUUGUUAUCUACCGAUUAUUCUUCCACCCUCUAGCUAAGUAUCCGGGUCCGUUUAUAGCCAAGAUUACAGAUGCCUACCAACUAUAUCACGCCUGGAAAGGAGAUCGGCACCUGGAGUUCUGGCGCCUGCAUGAGAAGUAUGGCAAAGUCGUUCGGUUUGGGCCUAACAGCGUGUCCUUCAACUCAAACACGGCCUUGAAAGAUAUCUACGGGUUCAAAUCCAAUGUGAGAAAAGCCGAGUUCUACGAUGCAUUUGUUCACCCGGCGCCUAAUACUCACAACACAAGAGAUAAAGCCCUACAUGCUCGAAAGAGGAGGGUACUCUCUCAGGCAUUCUCGGAUGGAGCCGUCAAGGAGAUGGAGAGGUACAUCUUGGCCAAUGUGCGAUCCUUCUGCGAGCAGAUCGGCCUCGGUGCAAGCGACGAGCGAAAGGGAUGGACUGUAGCCAAGAACAUGGCUGACUGGUGCAACUACCUUGCUAUGGAUAUCCUCGGGGACCUGUGCUUUGGGAAAGCAUUCCAUAUGCUGGAAAAGCCUGAUAACAGAUAUGCUCUCGAAUUGGUGUCGCUUGCUACUACAAGACAUCUCAUCUGUGGAACCAUGUCUUUAGUCGGCAAGCUUCAUCUUGAUAAGAUACUGUUUCGGAGAAUCGCGACUGGUCGGGCAAAGUACAUGGCUUAUAGCAAAGCCCAGCUUACUGAGCGCACAAAGUUAGGCGAUGAUACGGACCGUCGCGAUUUCUUCUACCAUCUACUCAAAGCACGAGACCCCGAGACCGGGCAAGGAUUUGCGAUGCCCGAGUUGUGGGGAGAAUCAAAUUUGCUAAUCAUCGCAGGAAGCGAUACAACAUCGACUGCACUAGCGGCAACAUUAUUCUAUCUGGUUCGUAAUCAGGUAGCGCUGCAAAAAGCGAGCCAAGAAGUGCGCGCGAAAUUUGACGACGUAGAAAAGAUCUGCCAAGGUCCGGCACUAAACUCGUGCACCUAUCUCCGGGCGUGUAUCGACGAAGCCAUGCGCAUGUCUCCCUCGGUAGGAGGGGUUUUGCCUCGCGAAGUCUUGAAAGGCGGUAUCACAGUUGACGGCGAGUAUAUACCCGAAGGGAUCGUUAUUGGUACUCCGCAUUAUACUAUCCACCACAAUCCGGCGUACUACCCACGCCCGUUCUCAUACGUUCCGGAACGGUGGAUUGAGGGCUCCUAUAAGACCUUCGGAGAACCAAGCGAAAGAAAUGUUACGGAAAAAGACGUAUCGCUAGCCCAGAGCGCCUUCUGUCCCUUCUCUAUCGGACCCCGAGGGUGUAUAGGGAAAGGCCUUGCAUAUAUUGAGAUGAUGACAACGUUGGCCAGGACGCUAUACAUGUACGACCUGCGGAAAUCAGCUGGUUUUGAUCCUGGCGAGGGCAAUCCUGAUCUCGAAUGGGGCCGGAGACGUGUGGACGAAUUCCAGCUGAUCGAUCAAUUCACCAGUUUUAAAGACGGUCCCAUGGUUGAGUUUAGGAAGCGGAUUUAAACUGAUAGGAUCUGGACCAGCUAGGAUAAGAAUGAACUCAACGUUUUUUUUUUUUUUUUUUUUUUUUUUUUUUUU